GUGGGUAAGGGAUGAGUGGAAUAUGAGAAAAUUGAGUCAUCAAGGUUAAACGUUUUUAUGAAUCUUGGCAGAGGCAAUAUUUGGUAGGCUCAGCCUCCGGUGUGGUGUCCAGGAAAUUUUUGUUAUUUUAACUGUGCCUGGGAGAGACUUGACCAGCUGAUGGGAUUGUUAGCAAGGGAAUAAGGAAAGAAAGGUUGAGAAGGGUGAACUUCCUCAGAAAAUUGAAAGAGAUGGGAUUCAGAGGACAGAUGGAGGGAACUGGUCUUGGAUAGGAGGAGGAAAUACCACUUCCUUUGUAACAGGAAGAAGGGAAGAAACUUAGGUGGGGAUGGAAACCAGUUUGUAGAUAUGGCACUUGUAAUUUUAGAGUUCCCAUUUCUGUGAAAGAGGUAGUCAGCUGAGAAUCUCUGGAGAGCGAAGAAUGGGAGAAGGUUUCAAAUUGCUAUGAAGAGUGAAUGUGACACUCUCAGUGAUGGAGAAGUUUUUCACGUAUUGCAGUAUAGGGAAGUCAUUCUGGCUUAUACGUGGUUCUGCCUGAACUUUGUGUGAACUGAAACACAGCCUGACUUACGGCCUGUCAAACACUUACACAGCACAUCUACUUUAACCAUUAAGAUAAAGAAUGUCCUCUUCGAAGAUAAGGAUAAAUAGCUCUCUUCCUGUGGCAUCCAUUAACACUUUCUUGAAGCCAUUCCUGCCAUGUAAGACACUCCCCCCGGCCCAAUAGGAUCAUCACCUGGAGGCUUACUUUUAGCUCCGCACAGGCCACACUCCUGAGGGGUCUUGAGGUGACAGCGACUGCGAUUCCAGCAGGAGGAGGAGAAGAUGGACAAGGGGAAGGCCGGGCGACGGCGAUCUUCAUCCGAAAUUGUCACAGAAGGGAAAAGGAAAAAGCCUUCAUCUUUGGAGUUACAUAAGAUACAUCAAAAAUACAUCUACAUGUGGAACAGCUGUUACAGAACACCUACUGAACGCUGGCAGAAGACCUCAGACUUCCCAAAAGGCAAGAAACUCCCCACAUACCUGGGUAGGGCAAAAGAAAAAAGGAAAAACAGAGACAAAAGGAUAGGGGUCCUCUGGGCAGGAGCAGCAGAUUAAAUCUCCACAAUCAACUUGAUGUACCCUGCGUCUCUGGAAUACCUGAAUAGACAAUGAAUCAUCCCAAAACUGAGGCGAUGGACUUUGGGAGCAACUAUACACUUGGGAUAAAAAAGAUGUUAAAUGCAAAACCAGAGGAUGUUUGUGUUAAGUCACCAUUGUCCAAACUCAGAAGCUCAGAAUGCUGGGAUCUUUCUUUGCAGGGGGUUUUAAGUUUAUUUCUGGCAAAUGUUGAAGUGAUGCUUUGAGUGGAAAAGGAGCCUAAGAAAUAAGGUCCUCUCUGUAGACCAUAAAAGUAAAAAAGGUGUACGUGGGCGUCCUGUCACUUCUAAGACAUCAGCAGAAAGGCAACUCAAAGUUAUGUUGACGAAUGUCCUAUGGACGGAUUUAGGACGAAAAUUCAGAAAGACCCUACCUAAAAAUGAUGCUAAUUUAUGUGAUGCCAACAAGGUGCAAUCAGACUCAUUGCCUUCGACAUCUGUUGACAGCCUAGAGACAUGUCAAAAAUUAGAACCUCUUCACCAAAGCCUUAAUUUAUCUGAAAGGAUACCCAGAGUUAUAUUGACGAAUGUCCUGGGAACGGAGUUAGGAAGAAAAUACAUAAAGACCUCACCUGUAACUGAGGCCAGUUUGGGUGAUACAGACAACUUGCAAUCAGAGCAGCUUUCUUCAUCAUCUGAUGGCAGCCUAGAAUCUUGUCAAAAUCUAAAUCCUCACAAGAGCUCCUUUUUAUCUGAAAGGAGUUCACAACCAAGUCAGACAGACAAUAAUUAUGCAAAGCAGGCUGCACACACUAAAGAAAAGCGAAGAGAUGAUGAUAGCAUUUCACUUGUAAUGUCUGAUACUCAACCUAAAGACCUCAAUAGGGGAAGUAGAGGUUGUGAUCAUCUUGAAGAGGGGAGCAGAAACAAGGAUAAUACAAAUUCUGAUUCAAAAAUGGAAUCCACUCUGAUUUCCAGGAAGAGGAAACAAAGGCUUAGAAGUAAUUUACCUGGUUCUCUUAAUCCUACUUCUUUGUAUAAGUCAGCAGAACAGACAAAAGAACAAGAAAAUGACCCAACAGUAUCCACUGAGUUGGAAGAGUCAAGUGAAAACUAUCAGGAGGACCCAAAACUGCUUGAAGAAAUUAUGCUUGAACCCAUAGAAAGUGAUUUUACUAAACUAUCCUCACUUUGUAGUCAGGAGUUGGCUUUGAGUGCUGCUCCCCAAAUCACCUCUGAAUGUUCAACCACUAAAACUUUUGAGAGCUGUAUUUCUACUGAUACUGUGGGGAAUUGUCCUGUGGUCGAGAAGGAUGAGAAUGAAUUGAACACAGUAGAAAAACCUGUUUUAAGUGAACAUAGUGAAGGGAACCAAUCAUUUAUCUCUGCUGAACCAAUUGUUGUUUCCAGUGAUGAAGAAGGACCCGUUGAACAUAAAAGUUCAGAAAUUCUUAAAUUACAACCUAAGCAAGAUCAUACCAUCUCUAAUGAAAGUGAGAGUACUUCUGAGCCAGCAGUGUCAGAACUACCACUGAUUACAUGUGAAUCUGUACAGGCUUCAUCUGAAUUAUGUCAAUAUAAUCCUGUCAUGGAAAACAUUUCCUGUGUUAUACCUAGUAAUGAGAUGGAUCUACAACUGGAUUUUAUAUUUACUUCUGUUUAUAUUGGUAAAGUAAAAGGAGCUUCUAAAGGUUGUGUUACAUUCACGACAAAGUAUAUUAAGAUCCCAUUUCAAGUGUCCCUGCAUGAGAUUUCAUUGCUAGUGGAUACUACACAUUUAAAGCGGUUUGGGUUAUGGAAAAAUAAAGAUGAUGGUCACAGUAAAAGAAGUCAUGCUAUCCUCUUUCUUUGGGUCUCCUCAAAUUAUCUUCAAGAGAUUCAGACCCAAUUAGAAAACUCUAUGUUAAGCCAGCAAUCAAAAUCCACUGAAUUCAUUUUCCUUGAGCUACACAGUUCUAUUUCACAGAGAGAAGAAUUGAAAUUGCAAGACAUUAUGACAGAAAUAAGUACAGCCAAUGGAGAAUUAGAGCUUUCUUAUCCACUGUCUUGGGUUCAAGCACUUCCUUUAUUUCAGAACCUCUCUUCAAAAGAAAGCUCUUUUAUUCAUUAUUACUGUGCUUCAACUUGUUCUUUCCCUGUUGCUACUGCUGAAGAAAUGAAGAUGAAAUCAAUAUCUCAGCCCUCAAAUACAGAUACAGCCAAGCCUACUUACACCUUACUACAGAAGCAAAGUAGUGGUUGCUACUCACUUUCUAUUACAUCGAAUCCAGAUGAAGAAUGGCGAGAAGUCAGGCCCACUGGACCUGUUCAGAAGUUGAUUGUAUAUCCUCCACCACCUACUAAAGGGGGCUUAGGAGUAACUAAUGAAGAUCUGGAGUGCUUAGAAGAAGGAGAGUUUCUUAAUGAUGUAAUCAUUGAUUUCUACCUUAAGUAUCUUAUAUUGGAGAAGGUGUCAGAUGAACUUGUUGAACGAAGUCACAUUUUUAGUAGCUUUUUCUACAAAUGCUUGACAAGAAAGGAAAAUAAUUUAACAGAAGAUAAUCCAAAUCUUUCAAUGGCUCAGAGAAGACAUAAGAGAGUAAGAACAUGGACUCGUCACAUAAACAUCUUUAAUAAAGAUUACAUCUUUGUGCCUGUAAAUGAGUCGUCUCACUGGUAUCUUGCAGUCAUUUGUUUUCCAUGGUUAGAAGAAGCUGUGUAUGAAGAUUUUCCACAAACUAUAUCCCAGCACUCCCAGGCUCAGCAAUCCCAACAUGACAACAAAACAAUAGAUAAUGAUCUGCAUACUUCUUCAGCACUAUCCUUGGGUACAGAAGAUUCUCAAAGUCCUGAGAUGAAUAUGUCAGUACCAAAGAAAAUGUGUAAAAGGCCAUGCAUUCUCAUACUAGACUCCUUGAAAGCUGCUUCUGUACAAAACACAGUCCAGAAUUUACGAGAGUAUUUAGAGGUAGAGUGGGAAGUUAAACGAAAAACUCAUCGUGAAUUCAGCAAAACAAACAUGGUGGACCUAUGCCCUAAAGUUCCUAAACAGGAUAAUAGCAGUGAUUGUGGAGUAUAUUUACUGCAAUAUGUGGAAAGCUUCUUUAAGGAUCCUAUUGUUAACUUUGAGCUUCCAAUUCAUUUGGAGAAAUGGUUUCCUCGUCAUGUAAUAAAGACCAAACGGGAAGAUAUUCGAGAGCUCAUUUUGAAACUUCAUUUACAGCAACAGAAGGGCAGCAGUAGCUAGUUAAUCUGUACAAACAUGACACAGAUGUUCUAUACGAUUACUGGAAAGCUGCUUAUCAGCAUUUGUGUUAGCCAGCUCACAGAGAAGAAAAUAACUUGCAGUAGUUUUAUAAGUCACUGUACAUUAUUUAAAAUAUAUAAGAUAUAAUAUUAGGAUUGUUAGGAUCUCAUAGAUGGAGUGGAAAUGGGGGUGAUAUAGAUAAAGUCAUUAGAUAGAAAUUAAAAUUUCAUAAAUAUUUGAUAUUUUUCUGAUUAAAUAUGCUUGGAUUAUGCAAUAGCAUAUGUAAUGUGGGAAUGUUUUUAUAGAUAAUAAAACUAUGUGAUCUGUACUUCCACAUAACUGGGAGUUGAAGGGAGUUAGGUCCUCCCUGGUGCCAGCCCCAGUGCUUGUCAAAUUCGUUGACAAGUCACAUUAUAUUGUAAUUCUAUUCUUUGCAGCUCAAGCAUGCAAUAUGAAUACUGUGUAUUUUUUUUUUUUAAAGAAUUUAGUAUCAAGGCUUCAGAAAAUGCCAUUUACGGCAUCCCUUCUGUAUAGUGUGAGAGAAGACAUAAUGUUAGGAAGGUGAUAAAAAUUCACUCAUUCAAUGCGCAGCUUAUUUUUCUCAGUUGCUAGGUGGAACCAUUACUCUAUUCUAAUUGUUGUUUGUUUUCCAUUUCUUUUGAUGUCAUGUGUGGGGAUCUGAGAAUUUAGUUCAUUCAUUCAGAGUGAAAUUUGGAAGAAAAAUUUAGCUAUCCAAAAUAGGUUUUUAAAAAUUGUAUAUGUAGCUUAACUUAGUUUAUUUGAGGUAUAGCUAUAUAAAUAUUGACUUGUGUCCUAUUCUGACAUCCCAGAAUAUAUGUACACAGUUUCUGUAAGUAUAGAAGAUAAAAUUGGUGACUUUAUAACUUUAAUUAAAAAAAUAUCCUCAAAGUCUUCUAUAUUAAUCGUUAGGACUAAAUACAUAAUUUUAUAGCUGUUUACCCAGUAUUCAUCUGCAAAAGCCAGAUUGCUCUCAUUGCUUUUGUAUUUUUAUAAGGACAUGUGAUCCCCAUGGAGCAUAAGUUUUUGUUAAACAUUCAGGUAACAGUUCUGAAUUGAUGUGAUGAUGGUGGUAUUACAUAUGAUUAAACACUUCAUAACUUUCUAAUGUUAUCAGGAAUAUUUUGAGGGGAUGAUUAUAUUGUAUUUUCUCAGACAAGAAAAAUGUUUUUUAAUCUUCUGUUUUAAGCAUCUCUUUACACUGUUACUGUAUAUAAAGCAGUGAAGCAAAGGCAAUUUAAGAUGAAGCUAAAAGUCGGAACAUUUUAUUUCAAAAUCUUGUGAAUUGAGGUUGUCAGUUAAGCCUUAGUGUCCUUAAGUUUCUGUUAAUCUUGUCAUCAUCUUUAUAUUGUUCAAGAUAUUUGUCCUUUGGAGAUUUCCUAUAAAGAUGGUUAUAAUUACAUGUUUCAUUCCCAAUUUCUGUGGGGGGGGAGGGGAUUUUUUAGAUGACUUAAUUAUUUUGUAUAUCUAAUUUUGGGAAAGCAAGUAUCUAAUACAUCUCCUUGUGACUUCUUAACUUUUUUGUUUGUAUGUUUUUCAAAGACACCUCUGUUCUUUACCAUGUUUUGAAGAUUGUUUAAAAUUCAUUUUCCUAAAUUCAUAUGGAAAUAAUGCUUUGAGAAUAUCAACAUUUUAUAUUAAACAUGUUUCCAAUUCAUUAAA